AUGCAGAGCGAGGUCGGCUCAACGGAGCUCCGCUUCGUGUUGCGCCGCUUCCCCCUCAUCCGCACGCUGCGCAUCCGCCUCUUCGGUCCCACAGUGCUGCCGGGGGCGCCGCGGGAGGAGCGCGCCGCGGACGACCGCCACCACAAGCGCACGGGCUGGGGGAGAGGCGGGGGAGUGAGUGCAGAGGGUUGGGGAGGCGGAACGGGGAUUGGGGGAGGCGGGGCGCAGCAGGGGCUUCUGGAUUACAUGAGGCACGUGGUCGCCACGUGGGGGCGCAACAUUCGGCACAUCGAGAUGCACGAUCCGUUGCCGUCGUCGGACGAGUUUUGGCGAUGCGUGGAGGGUCAUCCGAUGCUUAGCAAAGUGACGGUUUAUAAGUGCACGUACUUAACGGACCGAUUUUUGGGGUACGUGGCGCGGUGCGGCGGGCUGAAGGAGCUGUCGAUCGGCAGCUGUCCGAACGUGAGUGGCGGCGGGUUUGCUGAGCUGGCGGAGAAGUGCCCCGGAUUGGAGGAGAUUGUUUUGGAAGAUCUGACUCUGUCCGUCGUGGCGAAGAAAGCGCGCAGUGCGCCUGGCGGAGGGCGCGCGGGCGCGGGAGGGGCGGGGGAAGGGGUGGGGGAAGGGGCAGGCGAAGUGGAAGGGAGAGCGGAUGAGGCGAUGGGGGCGAAUGAGGCGGAAAGGUGGGAUGGGGCGGCGGGGGCAAAUGGGGCGGACGGGUGGGAUGGGGCAGUGAGGGAGAGUGGAGAGGCAGAGGCAGCAGUGGUGCAAGCAGGAGCAGAGGGAGGAACGGGGGCAGCAGCAGAGGGGCGGGGAGGCAAUCUCGCUGCCUCCUUCCCCAACCUCUCCUCCUUGAAAAUCGUCAACUGCACGCUCGAUGCUCAUUGGCUGGAAAUGUUUGCCGGGCAGCUGCCCGCCCUGCGCAGGCUGACCAUCAUGGCCUGCCCGGACCCGCUCGACCGAUUUUUUUUUACCGCUGCCCGGACAGCUGCCUGGCUGGAGAGUGUGGAAAUAGUUGACUGUGAGGGUGUGAGUGACAACUGCAUUGUAGCUCUCCUGAAAAGCUGCCCGGCAAUUAAUAGCCUGACUCUGAGUGGGUGCGAGGGAGGGAGUGGAGGCCCAGGAGGGGGAGGAGGAGGAGGAGAGGGAGGAGGGAUGGGAGGAGGGAUGGGAGGAGGAGGGGGGGAUGUCAACGGUGGAAUGACAAGGGUGACGGAUGAGAGUCUGAGGGCAGUGGUGGUGCAUGGAGUGGGGUUGCGAUCGCUGCAGCUCAAGUGGAGCCCCGGCUUCACUGGCCACCAGCUCGCGAGAGACGUGCUGGAUUCUCGACGGUGGUCUACCUCCUUUGAGGGGACGACAGAGGCAGAGCUGGGUCAAGAUGGAUUGGCUCGAGAUGGAUUGGCUCGAGACGGAUUGGCUCGAGACGGAUUGACUCUGGGGUGGAGUGGGGUGGAGAGUCUGCAGCUGGAGGGGUUGGAUGGGCUCUCCGAUUCCUUCCUGCUGCUCGCUGCUGCCACCUGCCCCCGCCUCUCCACACUCGCUGUGGAGUACUGCAGGGAGAUCUCAGAGGCGGGGCUCAUCCCGCUGGUGAAGUCGUGCCACAGCCUGCAGCACAUGUGCUUCUCUGGCUUCCGUGCCAGCCACCUCUCCGACCUCCUCCUUCACACCAUCGCCUCGCACUGCACGCUGCUCUCCACCCUCACCCUCCGCGCCUGUAACGGGGUUACUACACAGGGCGUCACACAUGCGUUACAUGGCUGUGAGAAAAUCGCAAGGUGCCACCUGGCACGGUGCCCGAAUGUGGAUGAGGAGAGGGUGGUUGGGGUGGCAAGGGAGGUUGGGGAGGUUAGGGCGAAAAUAACAACAGGGAGAAGACGCACAGUAGGAGUGCCUGUAAUUGAGGUAUCGUAA